GCUAUAAAAUAAUGGCAAAUACACAAGUAAGAAGCAAAGUGGUUACUGCUUUUAAAAUAAAUGGUUUGUCCCUACGCAGUGAAGCAUCAAAGUUACUUGUUGAAGUUUUAAGUGAGGUAGACCACAAUGAGUUGGAUGGCUGGUUAGAAAGAAUAAUUGAUUGUGUUCAAAAGCAACCCUUAAAAACUUCAUUUGUUGAUCGUGAUGUUGUGGAGAUAGCGAUUAACGAAUGUAAUCAGGAGGGUGAUGAAGAAGGGGACAAGAUAUUCAACAUUGUUGAUGUUUUCAAAUUACCUCGUUUUAUUUAUAAUUCUGAGAGAAAGAAAUUUAUACCAAAUCCUAAUCAAAAGGCGUGUUUGCAUGGAACUUUUGAUGAUAAAAUAAAUAUGUUUGUUGAGAGAUAUAAUAUCUUACAUCAGAGGGCAUUACAUCAUGAUUUGUUUAUGCCAGCAACAGUUGCUGCUACAGGAUCAGGAAAAAGCUCCAAGUUUUCGUUGAAACCAGUGGAACAUCUCUUGGGUUGUUCAGGAAGUCUGGGUGAUAUUAUUGUUCUAGGCAUGCUCGCACAUUUAAAAGAAGGAAAGUAUUUCCUAGAAGAUCCAACUGGAGCAGUGGAAUUGAAUUUAACAAAAGCAGUGUUUCAUUCUGGUUUAUUUACUGAAAAUUGUUUUGUUUUGGCAGAAGGUAGUUACGAUGAUCAAGUUUUUCAUGUCACUGCAUUAGGAUUCCCACCUUGUGAAUCUGCACAAAUGACAAGAUCUUAUUUUGGUAGCAUCAAUUUUUUUGGUGGACCAUCCACAACUUGUGUCGCUUCUUCAGAAAAGUUAAAGAAGAUAGAACAAGAUGAAGAAAAUCAAAAUAAUAUGUUCGUGUUCCUGUCUGAUCUGUGGUUGGACCAACCUAAGGUGCUAAAUAAAUUCAAAGUAUUGCUAAGUGGUUACUCACAGAUGCCACCAGCUUUGUUUGUCAUAUGUGGAAACUUCUUAUCUCAACCUUAUGGAUCAAAACAUUUAUCUGUGUUACGAAAAUGUUUUCAAGAUUUAGGUGAUAUAGUUGCAGAAUUCACAUCAUUAAUCGAGACGAGCCGAUUUGUCUUUAUACCCGGUCCGCAAGACCCUGGUCCUGGGAAUAUCUUACCGCGCCCACCACUAUCGAAAUUGUUAACUGAAGAAAUUCGAGAAAAAAUUCCGUUCGCUCAGUUUGCGACGAACCCAUGCAGAAUUCAAUAUUGUACGCAGGAGAUUGUGAUAUUUCGCGAAGAUAUAAUUAAUAAGAUGUGUCGAAAUAGUAUAUAUUUACCUUCUGAUAUUCAAAAUAUUCCAGAUCACUUUGUCAAGAGUAUUCUCUCGCAAGCUCAUUUGUGUCCGCUACCACUCAACAUAAGACCGACAUAUUGGGCGUUCGAUAACGCGCUGCGUCUGUAUCCUCUGCCAGAUCUGGUUGUGUGCGCAGACAAGUAUGAUGGGUAUAAUAUAACCAACUCUGAUACUAUUUGCAUGAACCCUGGUUCGUUUUCACGUAAUGAAUUUUGUUUUAAAGUUUACUGGCCUGCAAGCAAAGAAGUUGAAGAUUGUAAAAUCAACACGUGAUGAGUAAUUGACAGACAUAUCGCGAGGUUUGGUUAAUUGUAUACUCACGCGCUUCUCGUGUAGCGCGCAUUUGGUGGUGUCAACACUAAGCUGUCAAUCAUUGCGGACCAUUUGAAGAAGAAAAGAGGAUGCAGACCAAAAUAUGAGAACAAUUUUUUGAUGUGUCAGCAGUUUGUAAUGCAAUAUGUAAUUUAUUUAUCUGUAAAAAAACCACUUCAAAAAUAAACUUACAAAACGAUAA